UGAUAUAGCCCUAGUGUAAACAGCCCAUUAGAAAUAUAUCGGGACUUGUGUACUGAGCUUGAGCAGUGUACCAUCUCUAUCUGUCAUCACUAGUUUCAUUUUUGCCCAAGCCCUCAAACACCCCCACCAACGUGCGCGGCAGCAAACCUACAAUGUUAACUGGAUUCCAGGAUUCAAAUCAAAGCCGAGGCAAUCAACUAAACGAAGAAUACCAACAAAUGUGAAAUUAAUCUACAAAUCUACAAUAGUUUUCAUCUGGAUUAGGCAUUGAUUACCUGUGACUGACUACGAGUGGCUACCAAUGCCAGUAUAUAUGUACAUUGCUAACGUAAUCGGGCGCAAGAAGAUACAUAACAUUCCACAUUCCAUGCAUCAGCAGCAGCACCAGCGCCACCGAGGAGGCAAUGGUGCAUCAGCACGCGAAGCAGGCGCAGGAGCAUGGGGAGUAGCAGGAGGAUCAGCAAUGUCACAGUGCGGCCACUGUCACGACCAGCUGCUGCCCCACCAGGAGGAGGCGCCGAUUGUGAUGGCCCUCGGGCAGCAGUGGCACUGCGACUGCUUUCGCUGUUCCGUGUGCGACAGCCACCUGCACAACUGGUACUUUGAGCGCGAGGGUCUACUAUACUGUCGCGAGGACUACUACGCGCGAUUUGGGGAUGCCUGCCAGCAAUGCACGGCAGUGAUAACCGGACCCGUAAUGGUCGCUGGCGAGCACAAAUUCCAUCCGGAGUGCUUCUGCUGCACGGCCUGCGGCUCCUUUAUCGGCGAGGGCGAGUCCUAUGCACUGGUGGAACGAUCGAAGCUCUACUGCGGCCACUGUUACGGGAAGAGAUCGUGCCAGCCGAUGCCGGCGGAUGCCAAGGCACGGAUAACGACAGCCGGCAAGCCGAUGCAUUCCAUACGCCUUGUCGAGAUACCCAAGGAUGCCACGCCCGGACUCCGUGUGGAUGGCGUGUCCCUGGACGAUGGCUGUCCCUCCGUUCGGAUUACAGAUUUAAUUUGUAAUUUUUACGGCCGCAUGGGCGAGCACGCCUUUGCGUGGCUAAGCUCCGUGGCGGAUCAUUGCUGCGGUGCAAUCUAUAGGAUCGAUGUGAAUCUGACGAAUCUGCAUAUUGGGGACCGCAUCCUGGAGGUGAAUGGAACGCCGGUGAGCGACUCUUCGGUGGAGCAGAUCGAUAAGCUGAUCCGGAGCAACGAAAAGAUGCUCCAGCUCACGGUAGAGCAUGAUCCGGUGCAGGUGUGCCGAUCCUGCAGCCAGGCGGAUAUACAGCGAGCCUGCUCCGCCUCCACACUGGUCCUGCCGCUCAGUACAUCGGCCUCCAGCGUAGAGGUGGGCGGGCGAGAGCGGGAGCGUCUCUACAAAUCAUCUGGGACUGGGGCCGAGCAGAGCGCCAAGGCAAGGAAACUGCGCCAGGCCACAAAUGCCACUUCCUCGACAACGAUAACGAAACCAGCAGCAGCCGUGCCAGCAGCAGUGCCAGCAGCAGAGGCAGAAGCAGCAACGGCAACGGCACACAUGACGCAAUUCAAGGAUAAGGAGCGCUGCUCGAGCAUGUCCAAGCUGCUGGAUGACCAGCAUACGGCCCAACAGCACUCGGCCCAUCCGCAGCUGUACGACCUGUCGCGCACGCAGAGCUGCCGCGUCGUGCAGAAGCCGCAGCGCAUUUUCCGUGCCUCGGAUCUGGUCAUAGGCGAGAAGCUGGGCGAGGGUUUCUUCGGGAAGGUGUUCAAGGUGACACACCGCCUCAGCGGCGAGGUGAUGGUCCUCAAGGAGCUGCACCGCGCCGACGAGGAGGCACAGCGCAACUUCAUCAAGGAGGUGGCCGUGCUCCGGCUGCUGGACCACCAGCAUGUGCUCAAGUUUAUCGGAGUACUGUACAAGGACAAGAAGCUGCACAUGGUCACCGAGUACGUGGCCGGAGGGUGCCUCAAGGAGCUCAUACACGACUCCAGCGAGUCCCUCAGCUGGCCGCAGCGCGUCUGCCUUGCGCGGGACAUUGCCUGCGGAAUGAGUUACCUCCAUUCGAUGAACAUCAUACACCGGGACCUCAACUCGAUGAACUGCCUGGUGCGCGAGGAUCGUUCUGUGAUUGUGGCCGACUUUGGUCUCGCCCGAAGUGUGGAUGCACCGCGGUUGCCACACGGUGGCCCAUCUGUAACUACUGCUGCUACUGCUGGAGGAGCUGUAACUGGCAGCGAUGCCAUGUCGCCGAGCAGCACUCUGAGGCGAAGCAAGAGCCGACAGCGAAGGCAACGCUACACGGUGGUGGGCAAUCCCUAUUGGAUGGCCCCGGAGAUGAUGAAGGGCCUCAAGUACGACGAGAAGGUGGAUGUAUUCUCCUUUGGCAUAAUGCUCUGUGAGAUCAUUGGACGCGUGGAAGCGGAUCCCGAUUUCAUGCCCAGGAACUCAGACUUCAGCCUCAAUCAGCAGGAGUUCCGCGAGAAGUUCUGCUCUAGCUGUCCGGAGGCCUUUAUCAAGGUGGCGUUCGUCUGCUGCGAUCUCAAUCCGGACAUGCGACCCAGCUUCGAGACUCUGCACGUGUGGCUGGAGCAGCUGCGCCACCAUUUGACCACCGAGCGACUGCCGCCCGUCCGCCUGCUGCACGAGAUCGAGAACUUUCACGAGAACUACCUCAGCUCGGAGGAUGCCCUGUCGCCCACCUCCCAGCGCAGUCUGGACAAUCUCGAUGUGCUCGCUGAGGUGGCCAAGACUCCAGACAUCGAUGCGGACGUAGAGGAUUCUUCGCCCUCGAAUCAGGAGAAGGAAAAAGAGAAUCUGUUGAUCCGUUCGCCGGAGAUACCCAAGUCCCCGCAUCUGGGAAAGGAUUUCUCACCAAGCGGCGAGCGGCUGCGGGACAGCAUGCGUGCCCGUCGCCGACAGCGCUUCCUGGGCGCCCAGGAGGAGCGGCGCAAUGUCACCCCGGAGACCCAUUCGACGGAGCGGGUCCUCAAGCAGGCCCUGAAGAAGUGCCGGCCCUUCGGGGAGAAGGGCUACCUCGUCGAUCUGCGUCCCGGCGCGGAGCUGCAGUUGCACGACGUGCGCGACCUUAACAACUACUCGGAUGUGGACUCUAGUUGCGACACGAGUCUCAAUUACCACGAGGUGAAUGCUCCCACUCCCACACUGCCAGAGCUCCCGCCCAAGGAGUCAGACACUGCGGUGCCCCCGCCACAAGCCUCAGCCCCAGAGUCUGGACCUCUCAUGGCCGUCGAUGAUAUGCGGACGCGACUGCACCAGCGCCUCAGCAAGUUCGAGCACCUGGAGGAAGCGAGCCGCCGCAAUAUAAGCCCAUCGCAGAACUCCGUGCGCAACUUUUUCAAGACACCGCCGGUGGCCCUGAAGAUGUUCCAGAGGCUGGAGCACGAGGCGGCCGCCGCCGGCCUCAACGGCAACUGUCCCCCGCCGCCGCCACGCACCCAGCGCAUUAAUCAGACGCCCAUCUUUGGGCGCCGUAAUCCAACGCCGGCGACACAGCAGCAGCUCCAGCAAGCCGAAUCUCUCGAAAAUCUGGCCACGAGCACGACCGGACAUAGCAAGCAGACGCCAACAACGGCACCCAAACGGAGCAAGGCCACUAACAGCAGCAGCGCCGUCGAAGUGCACGGCCUCUCGGCUGAAGCUUCGUCCAGAUCUCCGGCUUUCAUCCUUCCAAAUUUCAGUGGCAACAGUCCUGGAACAGGAACAGCCACUGCUCCUCGGGAUUGCCUGCCCAAGAAACACAAACUGACGCUCCCCCUGGUCCCCAUGGUCCCCCUGCUGCCCCAACGGUCCAACGGCAGCCAGCGCCUGCCUAUGGGCAGCCACAAGACGAAGCCGCCCAAAGGUCCCUUCAGUCGUUCGCAUGCACAGCCGCCACACACGACGCCCCCCAGCCAUAGCAAUGCGUCGCCCACACGGCCCCGGCCUGGAUCACCCAGCAAGCAUUUGGCCCAGAGGCACACGGCGGCCACGGCCCAGCGCCUGAGCAACGUGGUUCCCGUCCAUCAGCAGCAUCAGCAGCCACAUCAGCAACAGCAAUCCUUGAAGACGACCCGCCUGAAUAUCCUCAGUCCGGAGAAGGUGCAUCGUCUGGGGGCACUGCUCAGCGACCAGAAGCAAAAAAUGCGCGAGGAGGCAGCGACAACAGGCGCCGGUGCCGGCGCUGGAGGUGUAGCGCACGCAUUGGCGGCAGUCAGCAAUGGUCAUGGCCGGUCCGGGUCGGCCGGCGCGGCAGGUGCAGGAGCCGCCGCCGGAGAGAGACGCAGGAGGGCACCGCCGCCACCGCCGGUGCGCAACCAUUUCAAUACGCGCUGCUAGCUGUCAUACAGCUGUUAUACUGGGAGAGGAAGGGGGUAAACUGUUAUAGCUAUGAAACUCCGGAAAGCUGUUAAAAACAGUAGGGCGGAGUUGUACACAGUCACAUAUUUACAUGGUCCAACUGGUAUAACACACAGUAGGCAACUGUUAUACGCACAAGACAAACGAACACCAAACAACACAUUCCAACAAAAAACAAAAUCGACCAUGAAAAAUGAAGAAAAGUAUCGACCAGCGAAAAGCGAAAAGAGCGAGAGAGGAAGCUGGGGAUCGCGUCUAAUAGUUAUAAAACAAACAACUGUUCUACCAGUAUGGAUCCGAAUCAUAACGAAGGUUAAGUGCCUGCGCAGAAGCGAAACAAAUUCAUGUUGCAAUAUUUACAAAUUUAUCAUGUAAUAAAAUCAAUUGUAUAAUGUUAUAUUUAGAAUUGAAUAUAACGCCCAAAACAGAACAACUAAUGCUAGUAUUUAAGAUUCGGUAACAGGCUCCUCCGACCCGACUGUUACUAACCGACUAACCCCGAACGAAACAAGAAACAAAAGCCACUCAUCUACUAAGUAUAGUAUAAACUGCUAAGCAAUUACCAUUGUACACGAUUUAACCGGUUAGCGAAAACGAGAGCGAGAGCGAGGAGAAGAGAAGAAACGUAAACUUGUGCCAUGCCCAGUGAUACAAUAUGAUGGAAUCCUGGGAUCGAGCGGGAUUUAUGGAGAGAAGAAAACCCACCCCACAAAAGAAAGAAAAAAAGACAUUAAGGAAAUGAAUUUUAUUAGAAAAUUGUGGUUAAAAUGUGUAUUUUUAUAUAUAUAUGUAAUACAAUACAAUGAUAAUUCCAUAUAAAACUAUAUAUGAUAUAUGAAUGUAUAUAUGUAUAUGUGUGUGUACAUACAUAUAUGUAUGUACUUGUAUUCCAUGUUAGUGCUUAAAUCUAAUUUAGUAUUUAUCGAUCGAUUCUCCAUGAACAAUAACUAAUAGCAUUUUUUAUUGAGAAACAAAAGUCUAACUUAAAUGUAGAAUAAUACUAUUAUGUACUAUAUGCGAUAUUUACUCUAUGUACUACAUAUGUAUGUAUAUAUGUUUGUACAUACAUAUGUAUAUGCGAAAACUUUUGCUCAAAGAAUGCAUCUCUAGAUCUUAAGGCACACACACACACACACACACACACACUCACAAACACGCACAUUGCUAACUGUUAUACACACACAUAAGCACACUCCCAUACACAACACACAAAGAAACAUAUGUAUAUUACUUAAUGCUGAUGAAGGAAGAUAAAGAAACUUUUAUACUGUA